ACCAAACUUAGAAGAAUGAGUUGGUUUCUUGGGAUUUUGUUCCUGAGUUUCAUAUAUGGCAGUGUUUCAGAGGUUCAAGACAAAAAUGACCGUUCUGCUGCUGUAAUUGGUACUGUUUACUGUGACACAUGUUCUGAGCAAGAUUUCACACCCGAAACCCCCUUCAUUUCAGGUGCCAAAGUUGGUGUAGAAUGCAAAUUUGGGUAUUCAGUACCAAGUUUCAAGGAAGAAGUGGAGACAGAUAAACAUGGUGAAUUCAAAGUGAAGCUACCAUUCAAAGUGUGGAAGCAUGCACAGAGAAUCAAAGGGUGCACUGUCAAACUCAUUAGUAGCAGUGAGUCAAAUUGUGAUGUGCCCUCAGUUUCCACCUCUUCUUCAGUGAGUCUCAUUACAACAAAGCAAGAAGAACACAUUUUCUCAGCUGGCUUCUUCUCAUUCAAACCUGUUCAAAAACCAAGCUUUUGCAACCAAAAACAAAGUGUUUCAAACCCAUCUAUAUCAGAUGAAAAUUCAGCAGUAGAUACCGUUUUCCCUCCCCUCCCAUUCCUACCUCCAAUCCCAUUCCUACCUCCAAUUCCCUUCCUACCUCCAAUCCCAUUCCUACCUCCAAUUCCUUUCCUUCCUCCAAUCCCAUUCCUGCCUCCCAAUCCAUUUAUACCUCCAAACCCAUUCCUACCUCCAAACCCUUUCCUACCUCCUAGCCCACCAAGCCCACCCCAAACUCCAACUCCAGUGCAACCACCUUCAAAUACUCCACUUCCAUCACCAACAUCUCCUAGUCCAUGGUCACCACCUCCCGAGAUUCCUAGUCCAUCUUCACCACCUACCGAAAGUCCAACUCCAUCGUCACCACCUCCAAGUCCAUUGCCAGAACCUCCAACUUCAGAACCUCCAAGUCCAUUGCCAUCAAGAAGUGCACCCGCACUCAACUACUAUACACUCUAACCACCAUGCCCACACAGCCAAUUUAUCCAAUGCUGUUUCAUCCCCUUGAGAUUAAAUAAAGCACUUGACGAAGAACUGCGCAAUUUAAAUGAGCUUCCAGGAAAAAAAGUAGAAAGAUUGAAAUGUUAAGUUAAAAUUAACUUACAUGUUGUAGAGUGUUUGAAAAAUUUAGAUAUGUAAGUUAAUGUUAACUUGCCAGAGGAAUUUAUACAAGUUGGUGCUAUACCUGUUCAUAAAUUGGUUACUUUC